UGUUUUUUAACUGGUAAUAAUUGGUAUGUCAUAUUUGUGUAGUAUUUGUCUGCGUUGUCGUUCAGUUUGUAUGUCGAUUUUAAGUUGUUCGAUAUGUCAUUUAGUCUUCUCGCCAAAGUGAUUGCGUGUUUAUUAUGUUUAAAUGGCUGUUUAAGUGAACUCAGAAUGGUAUACCACUGGGAUAAAAUUAAACUAUCGACAAAUGGUAGAGAGCUAACUAACUUAGAACCGUAUAUACCCGAAAAUAAUAUUGUACAUCGGCUAAGGAUAUGGAACAACACGCUGUAUUUUGCUGUUCCGAGAUUCAGACCUGGUGUACCAGCAACGUUAUGUCAGAGUUCUAAGGUGGACGUAGUCGAACCAUAUCCGUCAUUAGGUUUUCAAACCGUAGGAAACUGCUUCGGUUUACAGAAUAUCAAAGAUAUCGAAGUGGAUCAUCUAGGACAACUAUGGGCAUUAGACGUCGGAAAAGUGAACGACAUGUACCAAGCCAACUACACGUGUGAUCCUAAAUUAGUGGUAAUUGAUCUUAGAUCAAAUAAAAUUGUUCGGUCAGCAAUUUUGCCAAAGUCCAUGUUCACAAUUCAAAGUGUACUCAGUGGCCUCACAAUUGACUUAAAAACUAUGAUGGCCAUAAUCACCGAUUUAGGACCUGACCCAGGUUUUAUUGCGUACAACUUUCAAACAGGAAUCUACCAAAAGUUUAGUUGUCAAAUUCUGUAUGGAAAGAAAGGUUACGAUGAGGCUCAAAUGGUGGUCUCAGCUAUCGAUAGCUUAUUAUAUUUUACAACGGUACAACUGGACAAACUUUACACAAUACCAAUGAGUGUAUUUGAUGCAUCAUUACUAAUUGAUGUUAGCCAUCAUGUUAAUAAUCAAGGAUUUAAACCAGAUAAGUCAACGGCUAUGACAUUUGAUACAGCCGGAAAUUUGUUUUUAGCAAUGCCAAAAAAAAUAAUAGUUUGGAAUACACUUAGACACAACUUUGAAGUUACAGAGCUAUACACACAAGAUAUAAGGCUAGAAUGGAUUACUAGCUUGGCAUUCGAUACACAUGGAUUUAUAUGGAUAACUACAUCAGCUUUUAGAAGUUUUCUAGAUGGGUCAGAACCAAGAAAACCUAAUAUGAAAAUAUACAAAAGAUAUUGCGGUACUACUGCAUUUGCGCUCCAAGGCACAUUUUCUCCAAUGAAUACAUCAAAUUUAACUAAUUCAGCAAACAGAAAAAAUAUACAAAAUAUUUAUACCUUAAUAGCUAUUUUUUUAACUGUAUUAAAUUUCUGUUAACCAAUAAAAAUGACGUAAUAUUGA